UUUACCCAGAAGGGUCCUGGAGCGUCGGUUUCCGUUUAGAGCUUCACGUGUUAGUUGUUGUUAUCGUUACCAGGACGCCGUGGGAGUUUGCAUUCUGAACACUGGCGCAUUCCGAGCGCCCGUGGGCGGAAGUCGCGCCCCGCGUGCACCGCGAGACGAAGCUGGCCUCAAUCAGAGAGAUGCGCCUGCCUCUGCCUCUCCGACCGCGCUGGUAUUUCAGGUUCCUCACCGUGGUUGGUUAGAGAAUCAAGCAGAAGUGUAAGCCAAAGUGAAGUACACUUAAGUGGACCAGGCUAGCCUCAGACUUGACGGUGACCCUCCUGUUUCUCCUUCCCGAGGCCUGGGUUACAGGAAUGUGUGAUGUAAUAGGAAAUAGGAAAGGAGUGUCGCUUUCUCUGAGGCAAAGGAGAGAUCAUCCCCUGCACAAGCUUAUCAGCAUGAAGCCUCGCUUGUCUCUGUAACAACCAGAUUCCUGGGUCAGACCAUUCGUUCAUGCUGCUGAUUUCCCAGCACAACCAAGCUGAGCUCUACCUGUCAGCUCUACUCGGAGGCUCCAUAUGCUCACAAAGAAUCCCGAGGAAAUUUGAGAUCUAGGGUAGACAUCACAGAGGACAUGUCUGCUGAUGUGAAUUUCUGCCAGAAGCCCCAGAAACUAGGAGCAGAGGAGCUGCACAAGUCAUGUGAGAGAUUAGUGACCUUUGAGGAUGUGACGGUGGACUUCAGCCAGGAGGAGUGGCGGUGCCUGGACCCUGCCCAGAGACGCCUGUACCAGGAGGUGAUGCUGGAGAUCUACAGCCACCUCUUGUCAGUGGGGGAAUCAAAGCAUGACUCACUACACCAAAUUUGUGAGAAAGCUGCUUUUCCAAAUGAUAUAUCAAGAGUAAUCACUAGCUGUGGUUCAUAUUGUUCCAUUCUAGAGGAACUGUGGCAGGAUGGAGACCCUAAACAGACAGAUCAGCAAAACCAGAUCCCACCCUUGAGUCCUGGUGCUUUCUUCAAACAGAAGACACUGAUCAAAGACAGUGGUUACAAAUGUGAAGCAACUGGGGGAUCCAUUCCUUUAGGCCCCCACCUUAUUCCUACACAAAAGAGAUCUCCAAGAUGUUACCCAUUUGAAAAAACUUUGCUGCCCAACCUUCAGGCAGAUGGUGAACAUCAAAGCAGUGCGAUAAAGCAGCCUAAAGACAUUGUUGAGUCUUGUCAGUUCUUCACACAAGGCCUUUCUAAUGCUGUGUGUACAAGCCCUGACAGAGGAGAGAAAGUAUGCAAAGGUAAUCAGUUUGGAAACAUUGUCAGCCCUGAGCAACUAUUUAUGCAGCAUGAAAUUCUUGCUCAGGACCAACCACUUGAAUAUAACAAAUAUAGGAAGAACCUCACUGCUAAAUCAACUUUGUAUCAGCAACAAAUAACUAACACUACAGAGACACCUUUUAUUUGUCACAUGUGUGGGAAAUCCUUCCUUCAGAAAUCUGAGUUGUGUCUCCAUCCAGGAACAAACAGAGGAGAGACACCUUACGAAUGUCCUGACUGUCGGAAAUCUCUGACGAGUACAUCCAGCCUGCAGGUGCAUCAUGAAAUUCCCACAAAGGAGAAACCUUACAUAUGCCAUGACUGUGGGAAACCAUUCAGUUAUGCGUCCCACCUAAAGGUGCACCUUCGAAUACACACGGGUGAGAGACCGUAUGUGUGUUCUGACUGUGGGAAGGCCUUCAGCCAAAAGUCAGUCCUCACCACACACCAGAGAAUUCACACUGGGGAGAAGCCUUACACAUGUAGCUACUGUGGGAAGUUGUUUGUUUAUGCAUCAGAUCUGAAGAAGCAUAAUCGGUUUCACACAGGGGAGAAGCCCUAUGAGUGCAGCGACUGUGGAAAGUUGUUCAGUAAUAAAUCCCACCUGCCUGUGCAUCAUCGAAUUCACACUGGGGAGAGACCUUACAAGUGCUGUGAUUGUGGGAAGUCAUUCAGAAGAAAAUGCCACCUUAAAGUGCAUCAUCGGGUACACACUGGGGAGAAACCUUAUGUGUGCUCUGAGUGUGGUAAGGCCUUCAGCCACAGUUCAGUUCUCAGUACACAUCAGAGAAUUCACACUGGGGAGAGGCCUUACACAUGCAGCUACUGUGGGAAAGCCAUGUCUUCGAGAGCACAACGGAAUGAGCAUCUAAGAAUCCACACAGGUGAGAAGCCGUAUGUGUGCAUUGAGUGUGGGAAAGCUUUUAGUGGUAGAUCUUCUUUACAAGCGCAUCUUACAACUCACAGCAAUAAAAAACCUUUUAUGUGUCACAAAUGUGGGAAAGGCUUCCUGCGCAAGUCACGACUGUUAUCUCACCAGCAAACUCACGCUGGUGAGAAUCCUUAGGCGUGCUGUGUGUGCGCAGUUGUUCUAUCAACUGAAGGUACAUCAUCAAAUUGAAAUGGAAGGAAGAAAAUGUCAGUACGUUACUGGGAAGGUUUUCAGUAGCUCAAGGCUCGUCUAUUUCUGUGCGGAAUAUUGAGGUAAGCCUUUUGGAGGCCCAUAGGGCAAGUGAAGUGUCAGCGAAUCCUAUGACUUCUUGAAAGGUCCUGAUCCACUGUACACAGUGUUGAUCUUCUCGGGACUCCUAGCACGCGAGUAAAGUCUCAAAAUGGAUCCGAGACUUACGGUGACUGCUUCCCCCUUCUUUAGGUCAGAGUCACUCCUAAGGUGACCCUGACCCCCCCACCCCCAUCUCUCACAUUUCCUUAAAGUUGCACCAACCUGAUUGAUUGUUACUGGUGCUUGAGGCUAGCAUGGGAUGGUCUGAUUGGUCUUUCAAUCAUUUAAAGGCUGUUACACUGGACAAUAAAGUUAGAUCUGCACCAUUGA